UUUCCCCGUCUUCCAUUUCACCCCAAAAUACAAUUAACAAACCCUAAAAUCAAACACCUGAUCUUGAUUUAUCUGGAUAAAGAACAAAGGAAAGAUACGCGGGCAAAUUAUACCUCUAGUCUCCCAAUCGUGCCCUAAUUCAAUUUCAAGCUCAUAGCUUCCAAAUUUUCGUUUCCAUUCACUGGAUUAGGCUUGGGUUUCAUUGCAAUUUGGUUUGUUCUUUCAGUGAAUUUUUUUAGGGGCUUUCAGAAGCUUGUUGGUGGAAAUAGAGUAAUGGAAAGCAGUGAGAUGGAUAAAGCUGCAAAAGAAAAGGAGCCAAAGACACCGCCUGCUACACAGGAGGCGUCUUCAACCAUUAACUCGGGUAUGGUAAAUGCAGACUGGUCUGGGUUUCAGGCAUAUUCUCCCAUUCCUCCACAUGGUUUCUUGACUUCAAGUCCCCAAGCUCCCCCAUAUAUGUGGGGUGUUCAGCAUAUUAUGCCUCCCUAUGGUACCCCACCGCAUCCUUAUGUUGCAAUGUAUCCUCAUCAUGGAAUAUAUGCACAUCCAUCCCUUCCUCCAGGAUCUUAUCCUUUUAGUCCUUUUGCUAUGCCUUCUCCAAAUGGUAUUGCAGAGGCUUCUGGAAAUACUCCUGCAAGCACAGAGAUUGAUGGCAAGCCUCCUGAAGUGAAGGAAAAGUUACCUGUAAAAAGAUCAAAAGGGAGUUUAGGCAGUUUGAACAUGAUUACCGGAAAGAACAGUAAUCUUGGUAAAACAUCAGGAGCUUCUGCUAACGGAGUUUCUAAAAGUGCUGGCGGUGGAAGUGAAGGUUCAAGCGAAGGCGGUGAUGCAAACUCUCAGAAUGAAUCGCAAUUGAAGUCUGGAGGUGGAAAAGAUUCUGGAGAAGGUGAAGCAUCUCAGAAUGGAGGUUCUAAUUCAGCCCAUUCAAUAGCGAAUACAGCAACGGCCAUUGUACCUAUACCAACUACUGGGGCAGCCACAGCUGUUCCUGGUCCAACAACUAAUUUACAUAUUGGGAUGGACUACUGGGGGACGCCAGCUUCAUCUGAUGUUCCUGCAAUGCACGCGAAGGUUUCUUCGACCCCAGUUGCCGGAGGAAUCGUAACCCCUGCAUCUCGGGACGGUGUUCAGCCCCAGCUUUGGUUACCGGAUGAAAGGGAGCUUAAAAGACAGAGAAGGAAGCAAUCAAACAGAGAGUCUGCUCGGCGGUCAAGGUUGCGUAAGCAGGCGGAAUGCGACGAGCUGGCUCAACGUGCUGAAGCCCUAAAGGAAGAGAAUGCCAACCUUAGAUCAGAAGUUAAUCGGCUCAAGAGCGAGUAUGAGCAGCUUCAUGCAGAGAAUACCUCUCUCAAGGAGAGGCUAGGGGAAGUUCCGGGGCAUGACGAUCUGAAGUCUAGUAGGAAUGACCAACAUAGAAAUAAUGAUGAUCAAACAGAGACUGUGCAGGGUAGUCACUAGGUUUCAUACACCCUUUUUUUCAGUCUCCUGGAGCACAACCUAACAAAAUUAGCUAGGGAAAGUUUUUAUUCUGCAUGGCAUGUUUAAAUUUUAUCAAAGUUGACCUUGGUAGCUCUUAGGAUCCCUUUAUCUCCCUAGAAUCCUUCACCAGUGAUUUGGCUUGGCUUUGCAAUCAAAGCCAUAGGAUGCUAUAUAGAUUGAUAUCAUGUGAUACCUUUCUCUAUUGAAAGAAGGGUACAGUUGAACUUUUCGAGCUUGUUUAUGUUGAAAUAUGAUUGUUGAAUGUG